AUUCUUUGCCUGUACCCUGUUUAACGCAAAGUAGUUCCAGCCCGGGAAGUGUGUGGGUGGCGCAAACUGUGCUCUUGGGUGUGAAGAUGGCUCUUCUUCAGGCUAAUAAGGACCUCAUUUCUGUGGGGAUGAAGGAGUUCAACAUUCUGCUGAAUCAGCAGGUUUUUGAUUUUCCUCUUAUCACAGCAGAAGACAUGAAGGUUAUGGUGGAUGACUGGAUGAACAUGUACAUUAACUUUUACCGGCCACGAAUGACAGGGGACAAGCAAGAGCAAGAUACAGCUCUGCAGGAACUUCAGAGUGAGCUGAAGACUCUGGCCAACCCUUUCUUGGACAAAUACAGGGCCUUCCUGAAGUCCCGUGAGGAUCUGAAUCAUGCAGUGCCCCCCUCCUAGCCCAGAGGCCCAGCCCGUCAUGUCUCCAAACACUUCAGUCCUGUCCUCAGGUGAUGGUCCCUCAAUGUGUUACUCUACCUUGAC